AUGGAAAAAUAUCGAAUACUUGGUAAAAAGGGAGAAGGAACGUUUUCCGAAGUAUUGAAAUGUCAAAAUGUUAGCGAUGGAACAUUUUGGGCAUGUAAAAAAAUGAAACAACUUUACAAGAGUAUGGAAGAAAUUCAACAAAUUCGAGAAAUUCGUGUUUUAAGACAACUCAAUGGACAUCCAAAUAUUAUUUUUUUACGUGAAAUUAUUUUUGAUAAAAGAUCUGGAUGUUUAUGUCUUAUUUUUGAGCUAAUGACCAUGAAUCUUUAUGAAUAUAUUAGAGGACGUCAGAGAUCAUUGUCCAGUGAAACAGUCUGUAAAUUUAUGUAUCAGCUAUUGAAAGCUCUAGAAUAUAUACAUAAACACGGAUAUUUUCAUCGUGAUGUUAAACCAGAAAAUAUUUUAAUUAAAGAAGAGACGCUUAAAUUAGCAGAUUUUGGUUCAUGUCGACAAAUUGGAUCAAAACAGCCCUUCACAGAGUAUAUUUCAACAAGAUGGUAUAGAUCUCCUGAAUGUUUGUUAACAGAUGGAUAUUAUCAAAAUCCAAUGGAUAUUUGGAGCUGUGGAUGUGUGAUGUUUGAAAUUAUAACAUUGAGGCCACUUUUUCCUGGUAGUAAUGAGAUAGACCAAAUAAAUAAAAUCCAUGAAGUACUUGGCACACCAUCACCUGCUGUAUUAGAAAAAUUUCAACAUCGAAAUACGGCAGUUGAUUUUAAUUUUCCAUUACGUCGUGGAGUGGGUACCGCUCGACAUCUAACUCAUUGUUCUCCGGAAACAAUAGAUUUAAUUAGUCAGUUAUGUACAUAUGAUCCGGAUAACAGAAUAUCAGCUGCACAUGCACUACACCAUUCCUAUUUCGAUUCAUUAAAGCAGAACCUUGAAGAACGGUCACAUAAUGAAAGUACUUAUUCAUGGGGCCGAAAUAUUCGUGUAACAAAAACGAGUGAAGAUAAUUAUACAAGAUCCGAUUCAAGUAGUAGUCGAACGUCGAGUAUUGAAGAAGAUAAUUCUCAUCGAUCACACGUACAAUCAAUAUCAACACACAUACUAAAACCAGAUUUUUCCAAACUAAUACAUCCACCAGCAAAAGCUCAAUCCUUAAUUGAAACAAGAGUACAACAAUCCAACGUUAAAAAACCUUCACUGCAUCAACAAUUUAACGAUAAAAAACAUAAAUUAUCCUAUCACCAUCAUAAUCAAUACAUAAAUGGUAGUUCUUUGUCUCCAGCUUUAAAUUCUUUUACAAAAACUGGACAAUCAACAUUUUUACCUCGUAUCUCCGGGGCAUCUGCAUUUUCAAAUUAUUCAGCAAAUACUGGCAAUUCAUCAUCCAUAAUUGGAAAGACAAAUUAUCAUUUAAGCGACAUAUCAGACUCAAGCGAUCAUUAUAGUCAAAAAUCCAUUGACAGUAUAAAAGCUAAUAAUAGUGACUUCAAUGAACAAAAAGGAAAAGAUCCUUAUUCAUCUCAGCGUAGUACACCAGCCAGUCUUAAUGCAUACCCAAUUUUACCACCAAUACAAGGUUUUUUGCUCACAUCAGACAAUACCAAUGAUCUGAAAUUAGAUGAUGCUUACUUGAAAAUGAAACGGUUAGAUAAAGCACUUGAAGAAGCUAUUGAGAAAGAACGACAAGUUAAAAUUGAAACAAUGUCAUUAAUGAAAAAAUUACGAAAUGAAAUGCAAUCAAUGACAGUGGCCAUUAAUCAAAAUUUAUCAGCAACAUCUGAUUUAUCCGAAUCAAAAACUGCGCAAAUGAAUUUAAAACGUUUUCUUGCGUUAGAUGAUGAACUAUUGAAAUUAGAUGGUGGUGAUAUAAUGGAAGAAGAUAUAAUGUCCGGUGAACCAUUUUUCAAAACUCAACCGAUGAAUGACCCAUUAGAUGAAUCAAUAAAAAGUAAAAAAUCUUCGUUAACGACAACGAGUCAAAAUGGAAGUGUUGGUGAUGAUGGUGAGAAAAAAUCAGCAAAAGAACAACAAAAUCGAAAAACAAAAAAAAAUAAAACAGUACGAUCAGAAAAAGAUUUUAUUAAACGAAAUAUUUUAUUAGCAAAAGAAAUGGGUGGUGCAUAUGCCUUAACCGAUGACGAAAAACAACGUCUGAAAGAAAUUUUAGAAGAAAAUGAUGAUUCUGAGAACAUCACUGGUGAUACUACAACUACACUAUGUCAUCCAUCUCAACCUGGUGGCAACGGUUAUGAACCAACAAUCGAUGAAUUAAAAAGACUGACGGAAAUUGACGAUAUACUAGAAAAAGAGUAUUAUAAUCCAUUGUUAAAUCAUCAAUUGAGGCGAAAAACGAAUAACGAUGAGAACGACCAACAGUUUAUUGAUUACAAUCAACUUUUAUUAGAGAAUGAUGAAGAUGAGACACGUUAUGGUGAACCAAGUUUAAAAGAGACACGUCUACAGCGAGAACAUUCACACAGAUUAAAAGAAAUUGAGGAAAGAUUAGAACAAUUACACCAGCCAAUGAAUGAAGAAAAUAAAAUUGAAGCUGUUUUAACAGAUGAACAAUUACAACAAUUAUUAGGACAAUGUUUUGUGGAUGAAAUGAAAGACCGUUUUACAUUAACAAAUCGAGAUAAUGAACUAACUGAGUUUGAUGUUAAUGAUCUUACUGAUUAUACCUUAAUGCGAUAUGUCGAUGAUAACCGUGGUCCAAUGAUAACUGAUGAUAUUAUUCAAUGUUUAAUUGAAGAAGCCAGAGAAGAAGGAAUUGAAAUAAAGCAGUAUGAUGAUCCAAUAGAUGAUGGUAAUAAUGAUGUUUACAUCAAAUCGGCUCUUCAACCAUAUAUUAAUGAAAAUAUCGUGGAUGAUAUUGAUAAAUUAUUAGCUGAAAUAAGACCAAAAUUAGAUGCUGAGAAAGAUGAAGAAGUUAAUGACACAAAAGAUGACAAAGAACUCUCAUUAGCACCCAUGUCAGAUAGACCUUCUUCCUCUUCGACCAUUGUUUCAGCAACAUAA